GAAGAUUGCCAUUAUAUACAGUAUACUGCAUUCUAUCAGAAAAAUAAGAAUGCAACCAACGCUUAGCCCAGAAGGUCACUACUGUCCUCCUCCUUCUAAAAAUAUAAAAUAUGUUUUGUAUUCAUAGAAUUUAAAUAUCACUUUCUUAUUUUCCAGUUUGUGAAAAUUAAAAGUCACCCCAACUUCUUUUGAUAACCUCUGUAGAUUACAAAUAAAAAAGCAAAACAACGGUUAACCCAUGAAAAAUCCAAAGACAAAGCAUAAAAAGGCUCAUUCUACAACGGAUGAUUUCCAGUUUCCAGUAGAUCGGAUAUUUUCAAUAAUGUCUGUAGAUGUAGCUAAAGAAUUCAUGAAACAUUUAAACAACAACAAUAAUGAUAAUGAUGAUCAGCUUAAAUUAGAAAUGCAAAAACUACUCGAAACCUCCGACUUAAUAUUACAACGACCAAAUUUAACCUUCAAAUCAUUAAUGAACACUGAUUUAUUUAAACAACACCAACUAAAAGAAUCUAUGCAGUUGAUCAAUCAAAAUCCAAAAGCACUGGAACCAGAAACUUCUCUAUGGGAUUCUGCUUUAAUUGACUAUUUUCUCGGAUGUAUAAAAUGGUCAACAAGUAAAUGGAUUGAAGAAUUUUAUAAAAAGAAAUCAAAUCACAUUGAGCAUAGAAUGCGUGUUUCAAUGUUUCAAUGCCUAGUAAAUAUUGAUGAUUCUAGUGAAGUAGACAUUGAAAAGUUGAUGUGUAUUAGUAUUAGCUUUUCUACAGCUUAUGCAUUAUUACGCCACUUACAAUUAUGGCAGUUAGCAAAUGAAAGUCUAGUUAAACGUCAAAUAGACUUGAGCACAAAAGAUGAACAAAUAGACAAAACUUGUUUAACUGCAUCAAUUCACUUUUUAAAGUCAAUGUUCCAGUCAUUGUCUACAUAUACGUCAAGGGAAAUAGACAGCCAUACUGAGGAUAUUGAUCAAAGUAAUUUAGUUGAUUUUCAAAAGAAAUUCUAUGGUUAUUUAUCUAUUCUUGACAUAACAGCUGGUCAACUACUGAUUGAAUACUUUUCAAAGCAUUUUUUAAAUAAACACAAUUUAUUGGAGAGAGUUUUUGGACCAUUCACAGCAUGUAAUCAAAAAUUGAUAAAAAUCCCCUGUCCACUUCAUAUUGAAACUUUAUUGGAAAGAUAUGAAACUACGAAUUCUACCUGGCCAGCUCCAUUAUCUGAAGCUGUCCCGCUAACAUUCAUUUCAAAAUACCCACAGUUAUUUGCGGAUAAAGUGACCAAAUGGUUAAAAUUUAUUGAACCCAUUGAAAGUAGACAAGGAUCAGUUGUAAAAGAUACAGAAGAAGAAAAUGAACAGCCAGAGGAAAUCCAACAACAACAACAAGAAGAAGACGAGGCAGAAAAUCUAGCACAAAUCAGUAAGGCGAAUGAGUCUUUGGAGAGCGAAGAUUCAAUAUUCUAUGAAAAAUAUCUCACGUCAAUUGAUUCACUGGAUUCUGAUGAGUUGAAUGCAAUUGUUCAAGUGUCACGCAGUGAACUGGAUGAAAUUGUCAAAAAGUUAUUCAACGAUGUAUCGCUUAGUGAUCAACAACUAUUGGAUAAAAUGAAGGAUAGACAAAUUGAAUUAGGUCAUAGAAUAAUAGAGAGAGCAAAGCUUAGAAUUACUAGUGAGAAGAAUGGUCAAGUGAAUUAACUGACUACUCAUGUGUACUUUAUGAUUAGUGAGUGUGUGGUGUGGUGAGGCGAGGUGAAAACUAACCCCGUUGUUUGUUUGUUUGCUUG